CAAUUUUUAGCCUUUUCUAAGUCUCUUUCUUAUAUAAAUGCUUCAGCCGGCUACUGCGAAGUAUCCAGUUUGCGCAGACGGGUUAAGAAAAGUUUUGAAAUACAUCAAAGAGAACUAUAACGACCCAGAAAUCAUAGUCACUGGAAAUGGGUACAAGGAGAAACUUGAAGAGAAAGAUGUGCUUCCCCAUGCCCUCAGCGAUAGUAACAGGAAGUAUUAUCAUAUGAGACAUCUCAUGGCAUUACAUGGAGCAGUCUGGUAAGUUACUUUUCACAGUUCCAAAAAAACUCUGUUUCUUCAUCUCUAGUUGAUGGAUUUGUUGAUAAAAACACUGUUUCUGCUUCAUAUGUUGCCAAUUAUGCAGACUAAUAUAAACCAUCAUUUGAGCUGAAGUUGUAUUGACACUUAUAUACAACACAAUGCCUCUCUAUGUUAGUGGAACAUGUAAACCAACAAGUUACUUGAACACUUUCUUUUGUUCUCUGUGGUGCCCAAUGUUUACUUGUUUUAAUCGUUUAGAUAUAUAUGUAACCUGACUAUACUCAAUUAUAAUAGCAUUGUGAGUUCAGUUAAUGGUUAAAGUAUGAGUUCAGUUUAAUAGGUAAAGAGUUCAGUUUUUAAUUGAAUGCAUUGUGAUAAAUGAUUAUGACUUGUUGUAGGUUAAAGUCUGAGGAGUCUAAAUCAUAGUUAUUAGUAUGUCAUUGAUUGCUUCUCUUUGAUUGCAUCUCUUCGAUUGAUUGCUCUCUGUGAUUAGAUUAGGUUAGAUAUGAUCAUUAUCAUAGUUAUGAUCUCUGUUAAAGUAGGUUAAAGUCUCUGUUAUCUUGCAUGGUUGAGAGUAGGUUAAAGUGUAUGUCAUUCAUUGCUUAAAGUUAACAGCUAACCAUCACUUCAACUUAAGACUGAAGCUUUUUUAAUAGCUUCAGCUCUAGUUAAUUCAAACCUAACCAUAUUCACUCCUCUUUGACAUCCGCAACUCUAUUAAACAUUGAACCAUAAUCCUCUUUUCUUCAUUGUCUUCUUAAAGCAAAAACCACAGCUCUUAUCUUCUCCUUUUAACACAAACCAGAAACAUUUUGAUAUGGAUUCAAGGAAUCCAUAUACCAAUCCUUCAAGCUUUUUAAACCUCUUAAGUUCUCAACAAGAUAACCCCAUGCCUCCACCAAAUCAGUAUGCUGGUUUUUCAUUUAGUGCACCUUGGAUUGAUCCAAAUCAAGCUCCAACGCCUACUGAAGAGCCUGUUGCAGACCGCAAAUCAAGACGUAAAUGGUCACCAACAGAAGAUGUGAUUCUCAUUAGUGCCUGGCUCAACACCUCCAAGGAUGUUGUUGUCUCCAAUGAGCAAAAAGCCACAGCUUUCUGGCAACGCAUUGCAGACUACUUUGCAGCAAGUCCCAAGCUGAGAGGUCUGCAAAAGAGAGCUCCAUUAUGCUGUAAACAAAGGUGGGCAAAGAUAAAUGAGGGAGUCUGUAAGUUUGUAGGAAGCUAUGAGGCUGCAACCAAACAGCAGACCAGUGGCCAGAAUGAGAAUGAUGUGGUGAACUUGGCUCACCAGAUCUUCUACAAUGAUCACAAGGCGAAGUUCACACUUGAGCAUGCUUGGAGGGAGCUUCGCCAUGAUCAGAAGUGGUGCGGAUCAUCAACAAGUAAAGACAGUGGGUCAGCAAAGAGGAAGAGGUUUGAGGACGGCUCUGCACAGGCCUCAUGCUCUAUGCCAGUCAACAUUGACGAGGAAGAGCCUCGUCCCACUGGUGUUAAGGCAGCCAAAGCCACAGCCAAAGCCAAAGCCAAGACAACAAGUCAAAUUGGAGAUGAAGACAAGACUCUGAAGGAGUUACAUUGUAUCUGGGAGAUUAAGGAGAAAGAUUUAGUUUUCAAAGAGAAGCUAAUCAAUGUUAAGGAGAAGCUUAGUAGGACUAAACUGCUAGACACUUUGAUGCUAAAAACAGAGCCUCUAACUGACAUAGAGAUGACUCUUAAGAACAAGCUCAUAAUGGAUUUGUUGUCCUAAGCUUAAGUUUGUUUUUAUGUUCUAUU